CCGCCGGGCCGCCGCCGGGAGGAGCGGUGCGUAGCGGAGCGGUGCGGGGCCGAGGAACGGUGGAGGAGCCUUACGCGGGCGGGCGGCCCCCGUCUGGCGCGGAGCGCGGCGGCCGCCGCUGCCUGGAUGCCAGAGGCACCUCCGGAGCCGGCGGCCGGCGGCACCCGGGAGGGCCCGGGGAAGGAGGAGGAGGCGGCAGAGGAGGAGGACUCCGGGCGCGGAGGGGAGGAAGCAGGCAGCGCUGGCCAUGGCCUCCAACUUUAACGAUAUAGUCAAGCAGGGCUACGUGAAAAUCCGCAGCAGGAAGCUGGGGAUUUUCAGACGAUGUUGGCUGGUUUUCAAGAAGGCUUCCAGUAAAGGGCCAAGGAGGCUAGAAAAGUUUCCAGAUGAGAAGGCAGCAUAUUUCAGGAACUUCCAUAAGGUAACUGAGCUGCACAAUAUCAAAAACAUAACUAGAUUGCCUCGCGAGACAAAGAAGCAUGCAGUGGCAAUUAUCUUUCAUGAUGAGACGUCAAAGACAUUUGCGUGUGAGUCAGAAUUAGAGGCAGAGGAAUGGUGCAAACAUCUUUGCAUGGAGUGUCUAGGAACCAGGCUCAAUGAUAUAAGUCUUGGGGAACCAGAUUUGCUUGCUGCUGGAGUUCAGAGAGAACAAAAUGAGCGAUUCAAUGUAUAUCUUAUGCCUACACCAAAUUUAGAUAUCUAUGGGGAAUGUACAAUGCAGAUCACACAUGAAAACAUCUAUCUCUGGGACAUCCACAAUGCCAAGGUCAAGCUGGUCAUGUGGCCUCUGAGCUCUUUGAGGAGAUAUGGACGUGACUCAACAUGGUUCACAUUUGAGUCUGGAAGGAUGUGUGACACAGGAGAAGGGCUGUUCACCUUUCAGACACGAGAAGGAGAAAUGAUAUAUCAGAAAGUCCAUUCCGCAACACUGGCAAUAGCAGAACAACAUGAAAGAUUAAUGAUGGAGAUGGAGCAGAAGGCACGGCUCCAGACCAGUCUGUCUGAACCAAUGACAUUAUCCAAGUCAAUCUCACUUCCUCGAAGUGCAUAUUGGCAUCAUAUCACCCGGCAGAACAGCGUUGGAGAAAUCUACAGUUUGCAAGGUCACAGUGUGGGCUCUGCGAAGGUGUCCCGGGCACAGACAUUUCCCAGCUACCCCUCAGAGCAGGGCGAGGAGCACCAGCAGUCCCUUUCGCUGGCCAGCAGCUACACCUUCAGCUACAGCUCGGGCCUUGUGCAAUGACAGCCGGGGGCAGCCGGCCGAGAGACACAGUCAAGACUGGAACCUGCCACCAGGGCCAGGGAGCAGCGUGCGCCCUCCGCACCCACAACUUGCCAUGAAAACUGAAGCCUACCAGCUCCAGCCUGACCACCGUGUAGAUGGGAACCUGGAGAGGCGGCUUCCCUGAAGCAGAGGCUAAGUCUUUAUUUAUUUUGCUGUUCCUUCUGUUAAUAUGUUUAGGAAGGAGGGGGAGGGGUGGGAGGGCGGGGGGGCAAGCGUUCGUGUUGUAAGACAGUGUUAAAUGGAACUGUGUUGGUGUGAAGGUUUCUGCAUGACCGGAGAAGGUCCUGUCACAGGGCUCUGUCACAAUGACUCAUUCAACAUUGGGGUCUUCCUACCCAUCUCCAUCAGCAGGUUGGCCCAUCCUCACUGGUGACAUGUUUAGGUCCCUGCUGCAGCCCACUGACUCCAGCUGGAUUCACUGAAAUAUUGCCAAUGGAACAAGCAGCGUAAGCACUGCAGGUGCCUUUAGAGCCAAGCAGGGUUGCUAAUUGCCAUAGAGGGCCUGGUGGUUUUUUGAGUCAGACUCCAAUAAAUAGUAGCAAGUUAAUGCUGUUUGUUGAGAACAGAAUUUGAUGUGUUAAGAUAAGGUUAUUGCCUAGUACAUCUCUUAAAUUCUUUAAAUUCCUGGGGCACAAAUUCAGCAAUUAUUAAUAUGCACAUACCUCUCAUGAAUGCCCAUAGGAGCUGCGAAUGUUCACGUGCGCAGCAAAGUCUCAUCCUUAGAACUGCCAAGAAGCCUUCUAAUUUGCAAUUGAUUUAAGUAUCCAUGCUUGCAAGAAUAACUUUAAAAAGCAGGAAAACUGUUCUUCAAAAUAAUAAGCAUGGGCUGCAUCCCCGGCUGGCAAUCUCCUGUUCCAUGAUUGGACCAGACAUGGUCCAGAAGUUGAGCUCUGGUCUUUUUUUCUCUCUGGUCAGCUUUCCUUUGAUUUUCUCUGUUUCCUUCUCAGCUUUCUGUUUUAGAUGCACAUCGUAUCUUGUAUGAUCACGUAUCAAGCAUCAGUUUACUUUGGAAAGGAUGAUGAGUACAUCUCAAUGGAAAUUUCUGUCUUUGGAAGACAUCUUUCAAAAUUGAAUUGUUAUAGGUGUGUUUGUGAUCAGUAACAAGGGAGUAAGUUGGAAGGCAUACCAGUAGGUAGGGAACAAGUUUUACCUAUCCUGAAUAUUUGGAUUUUUGUAAGUGAUAUCAAAUAUUUAUGUACGUCUCAUGAUACCCUGAAAUGUCUGAAAAUGUGGAGAGAAAAAUCUGCUCUUUUGCUAUCAUACAAGCAGGCCUUGCAUUCUAUUCCCAGGAUGAAACUGAUUGCCAUGAUUACCGGAGGAAUUCUUCUCAUUAGUUGUUUCUCAGGACAGGUUGGAAGCAUAUCAAGGAGGAGACACAGACUCUUUUCCAAUUAAACAAUCAGUUUUAUGUACUAUAAUUUAACUGAAAAAAUGCUGUUGGAUUGUUUUAUAUAUACACAUAUCUAUAUAUAUGUAUUAAAAAGUACGGAAGAAACUUCUGCUUUUAAUUAAACAUUUACUGGUACAGUAUGUCCAGCUUUUCUCCAACCAUUUUACAGGCUGAGAGACUUUGCAGACUUACAGCUUUCUACACCUCAGUGAACAGCUGCUGAAUAAAAAGGCUUUGUGAUCCGCUUGAAUGAAACACUUCCAGCCCACCACAAUCAGCUUUAUUUAUUUUCCUCCUUUUUUCCUGUCCUAUUCACUACCUCUUCUCCUUCUCACAGUGCUGCCAUACUCAGGAAUAGAAUGACUCCCUGUGGAGAAUAUUUUGAUGAGCUAAAAUGAAAACCUGCUCUCCCACGCUGUCAGGGAGCUAUACCUGUGGUGCUCUCUGAGCUGAGUUGUACCCAUCAAGGAAGUUUCAUUCAUGGUUUCAUUUAAAAAGUAAAAAAAAAAUUAAAAAAAAAAAAAGUUGAUAUUUUGCUUUGGGAAAAAUUCCAGUUUGCAAAUGUUAUCUGCAAAAUAUGAUAAAAUAUAUAUAUAUAUAUAAUGCUGGUGUAAUUCUGUUAAUCAAGGGACCUUUUCCAAAGAGCUUUUUUUGAAGAACUUACCCAUUAUUUUUAUUUCUAUGCAACUGAGAUUCUUUCACUUGCCUUAAAAAUAUUUUUUCUCCUUAAAAUUCCUUAGAUUAAGUUUCCAUUAUGUUCUGCAGUUUUCUAUUGCAUGUCCAUUUAACUGUUUCCCUCUGUGACUUGAAUACUAGUCAUUUAAUACUUUUAUAUUCUUCAUAGCCCCAAAACAGGCAAAAGGCAAAAUAGGAGAAUUAUCAGAACUGCUCUGAGGACACAGUGUCCAUAUAGUUUGAGAACCUUUUCAGAAUCUAAAUCCUAAAGUGAGUGCUUUGGCUGGGUUUAGAUAGAAAGCAUAAGAUCUAUAUAGUGCACUCUUUCCAUUAUCUGGGGAAAGGCCACUGUCUGUCAAAGAAGGUUUCGUCUUCUUCUGUAGUGCCUAAAUAUUGUCUAGUUAAUGAAAAUACAAAUGCUAUUAAAAAAAAAAAAAAAAUUAAACGGAUUGGCCAUUUAGAAUUUUACUAAAUAUUUUGCUUUUAUUAUUUAAUGCAACUAUCUUCUCAAUUCAUACAUUUAUAAAUACUUGUGAAAUUCUAUCUUGUAGCAACAGAAAAUGAACUCCAGGGCAAAGCUCAAGAAUGCUAUCAACAAAAAGCAAAAGUGAGCUAUUGGGAACUUAUGUCUUGCAGACAGUAAAUACAAGCACACUGGAAGUUGAAGAUAAGGAUACAUCUUCACAGUGUACUGCAACACUGUCAAAGAAAACUGGGCACCAGAAGCACAAAGGUACUGUGUGUCCAGUGGAGUUUGCCAUUUGUGCCACUCCAGAACAGAAGAUAAUAUGGUUGUAAAAUUUGUGCAUUUGUGUAGCUUCCAAAAAUGUUCUUCAGAAAAGCUCCAUGAGAACCAUGCAGGCACUAGGCAAACAGUUUGCCAGAAAAUUGUUUUCAUGGAGUUGCUUUGAUUCCUGGUGUAUGCCUCUCAAUAACCUAAAUAAUUCCCCACUGAGACAACUUUGUACAGCUCCUUGUGGUUCUGCCAGACAUAAAACUCUCUUUUGGCGAACGUGGUAGAGCUGCCUGCCUAGAGACUAGAAGGGGCUUUCAAUAGGCCCAAGGGUCCCGCUGGUCCCUGUUCAAGUCUCGGCUACCUUCAUGUGCAAGGCACACAGGUAAUAUGUUUACUCCUGACCCAAGAAGAGCUCUCUGAUUUCAGCCAAUGAGCUGGGAAGAGCAGGAGGGCAACAAAAUGUCUUCAGUGGUAACCAGGUGCAACUGGUGAAAAGGGAACUUAGCAUUAAUACAUCAUAAAAUUGUAAAAUUGAUGUAAGGCUAUUGUUUUCAUUUCAGUUCUGAGGAAGUGUGAUGAAUAUAUAGCUGUAAUAUGAUCUAAUUUUUUAAAAAAAAACAACCCUUGAUAAAAAUACAUUCAUUCCUAUAAAAAAAUAACACACACCAUUGCUGAUAUGGUUACUAAUAACUCUUAACUAUUAUAGAUUGAUGCAUGAUGGUACUUUCGAUUCUGAAAUCACUCGGUGCAGAAAAGGAGAAAUUGAAGGAGACUAGUAAUAAAUCAUAAUAUGGUGCUAAGGUACUUGAGUUAUCCCAUUUUUUAAAUGGCUACAUUUUAUUAUUACUAGUUUGAAUCAUCUGUGAGUAUGCUCCUUUGGAACAAAUUUUCUUGCUUAUGUAAAGGAAAAAGUAAGAGGAAUAUCUUAUAACAUGGAGUUUGCUGCCUUACUGAAUAAAUGUUCAGGCUCUACUUUCUGUGGUAGGCUUUGAUUCCAGCUGCUCACAUGUAUUUGGUCCAUGCAAAAUUCUUUUUUUUGCCUUUUUUUUUUUCCCCUAAAGGUAGCAAGUAAAGCUUAGAAAUGUAUUGACAAACCAAAGAAGUUUGCUAGACAGCAGCAGUAGCUGCUCACUUUUGUUUUGUCUAAAGUCUGUUUUGGGAAUGUCAAAAGUAUUUCUGGAAAAUACUUCAUUUCACAAGUGAAUAGAAAUCCUGUUGGGGAGUAACAAACACAUUUCUAAUCAAAUCUUGUUCUAAACUAAUAAGACUGUGCUGGAGGAGGAGUUAAAAUUAAAUAUCUGAGGUCAAAAAUCUUUUGAAAUGCACUCUAUAGCAAUAUUUUAUAGCAGGCAUACAGCCUGCAAUAAUGUAUAGCUGGCAUACAGCCUGCAUGUACAUGCUUAUUUAGGUGUUGCUUAGUGCAGGCAGACUGUGAAAAUCCUCACCUGUUCAUGGCAAACAGAAAAAAAAAGAGCACUAAUCAGACCUCUGUGUUGCAUUUAUCAGAAAAGGCAUGAACUUCAUGCUUGUUCAGCUCGAUCUCUAGUGUAAUAGGCAAUACCAUGAAGAGUAGUGAUUUUUGAUCUAUUUGAUUUCUAGGAACUGACAAAGAUCAGCAGCCUGUAGCAAAUAAACCUCUACUCAGACUUAGCUCACCAGCCACAUUUACUAGUUUUCAGUUGUUAACCUAGAAGCUGCAGGAUGGUUUUCCACGACAGAAUGUAAGUCUCUUGAAUGUCUGUGCUUUCUAGCAUGAAAUGCAAUGUUAUUUAUUUAUUUCUAAAAAGAAAGGAGGAAAGUGUUCCAAUUAAUCUGUUGUUUGGGGUGGGUUUUGGUUUUUUUUUUGUUGCUUUUUGUUGGUGGUGGUGGUGGUUUUUAGUGUUCAGUAUCAGUGCAUCCUUUUUAUACCUACUGCAAAGAAAUAAAUGUGGCUUUUAUCCACAUACAGAGUAGCAUGGACGGUGGAGAAAGUGUGAAAAGGGACUUGAUUAUAGGAACAGAUCCAACAGCACUGGAAAUUUAAUUUUUCCAUACAUCAUCCAAAUAUUUCUGACUCUUUCCAAAUCAACUUGUUACACAAUCUGUGUAUAUUAGAAUCUUUUAUUUUUCAGCGCUGACAGCUGGUCAGGUCUAUGUGUUGUUAGCAGAAGUUAAUGACUGUGCACACCACUGUAGUGACAAAACUUUAAAAUUAGAGGGUAUAAGGUUUGAUAUAUUAAUUCUUGAAUUCAUUCAAGUCUUGAACUCCAUAAAGGGUGUUGUGUUUGUUCUUGAUAUUCUAAAUAAAUGCUCUUCAAUUUUGAUUUUGGAUAAAAAGGUGUGUUAUACCGGAAACAUGUACAGGCAUAUGGUAAAAUAAAAGUCAAAGAAUAUUGACUAACCUGUUGUAACAAGAAGUCUGUCUCUAUUUCCAGACCCUUACAGGACAGUAAAAGGUGACAGGUGAACGUGCUGUGUAUUCAGCAACUACUUAAAUGGCGCUGUGCUUAGAAACCUAAAUAUUAGAAUCCAGAGGUGAACGGGUUCUACUGAAGUAAAUGGAAGUUCCACUUUACAAAGAUGCAUCUAGCAUCUUUGCAUGCAUAUGCAACUUAACAGAUUUUUAUGUAAAAGAUUAAAAAAGAUAUGAAAGUGACUGAGGUUUAAGUAUGAUUAAUUACAAUUAAAGUGUUUGAAAAUGUCAAUAUUGUUAAGAAUGUUGCAAGUUAUAAUGGAGAGAAAAAUUCUGUUUUAACUAAAUAAAAGCUCAAAAUCUAAUACACAUCUCUUUAAGAUGGAGUUAAUCCUUUUAAAUCUCAUACUCAGAGUCCCAUAAGUCCCAUAGAAUGGUUAAGAUUUUUUUUUCCCUUGAGUACAAAAAUCCUAAUGAGGUUAAAUAGAUUUACCUCAUGCUCUUCUUACAGUCCUGGGAUUGUCAAGAGAAUGGAUACAUUUUACAGUAGACUUUUUUUUUUUUUUUCUGUAACAAUGUUUGGCAUGAGUGAAGUUAAACCUCAUUUUUAAUGUAGGCUACACAUGGUUUUCAAUCUUUUUUUUCACUGUAUGAUAGCAAGACACAGAAAAUAGCAAAAAAUUAGUCAGCUGUCGUGGUAAUUUGAUACCAAUAACAAAACUAAAGGUUGCAGUUAAAUAUUUAUUCUCAUCAUAGCUCCUACAGCUAAAACAGAAUAAAUGAUAUAAAAUAAAGCUGUCCUUGUUGAUGUUAAUUAUUGCAUUUCCAGACUUUUCUUAGAUGACAGGCUGUGAUAGGAAAUAUUUAUGUUCUAGAACUGCUGUAAGUUUUACUGAUUUAAGAUAGUUACAGGGAAGAACAAACAAUUCAGAAUAAAUAUAUUAUGACUUCCUAACAAAGUAUGACAUAUGCUCACCUUUUUUUCACUGCUUUCAGGCCUUUUUUUUCCUUCUUUGAAAAACACCAUUAUAGAGAGGAAAGUUUUUGAAACCUAAUGAAAAGAAAAAGAAUAGCAUAAGAAAACAACAAAAAUAAUUUAAAGAAAAAAUCUGUAAUCUUUAAAAAUACUAGGAAAAUUUAGAAGACAUUUUAGUACAUAGCAGUGGUUCAUGUUGAGUGCAGAAUAGCUUCCCAGAGCAUUCAAAUUCUGAUUUUAUCAGGAGCUGGCAACAAUAUUUUGUGUUUAAUGCAACUCACAGCUCUAAGCUGAGGGUUCAGGAGUGCUGGGCCCAUUCUCCCUAACAUGUCUGGAAGAACCAAGUACCAGCCCAACCAAAGUGCAUUAUAAUCCUCAAAAUGCAAUUAUAAUGCAAUAUAAUCCUUGAAAAAUAGUAUCAUAUAUAAUGCAUCAUAAUUGUUAUCACACAAUUUUGUGAAACUUUCUGCAUCCAAAUAUUUCUAAAUAUAUAAUUUAGAGUAUUUCAGAGCUGAUCAAAUUCUGGAUAAUAAGAGGAGCAGUUGCAUUUAAGAUGCAUAAAAAUACAUACAUGGGUGCUUACAUUUACGCUUCCAAUUAUGAAGUGAGCUGACAAAACUGCGUGAGAAAGAUCCUCCCUUACUACAAUUUUUGUGUAAAUU